AGCUCACAAGCUGGUCUGCAGUAGGCUGGAACUGAACAGCACCGAGUGAGCAGAGUGCUUUUGCUAAUUGUGUAGGCUAUUUGUCUCAUAUUCCUCAGUAUAGGCGACCGUGUGGAUCAGCGGGGACGGUCCAUGUGAUACUCAACUGAUAGUCUAAGAUAAGACUUAUUUGUGAAGUUGGCUACAUUUUAACAGAUUGUGCUUAGAGCUGAACUAAAAUGAAUCCAUCCUGCGCUCGUUGUGGCAAAGUUGUCUACGCGACUGAAAAAAUAAAUUGCCUAGAUAAGUACUGGCACAGAGGAUGUUUCCACUGCGAAGUGUGCCGAAUGUCUCUCAACAUGAAUAACUAUAAAGGCUACGAGAAGAAGCCCUACUGCAAUUCACACUACCCCAAACAAACAUUCACCAUUGUGGCAGACACCCCAGAAAAUCUGCGUCUGAGACAACAGAGUGAGCUGCAGAGUCAGGUCAAAUACAGGAAGGACUUUGAGGAGAGCAAGGGGCGGGGGUUCAGUUUUGUUGUGGACACACCCGAGCUGCGAAGACUAAGGAGGACCCAGGAACAGAUCAGCAAUGCUAAAUACCAUCAGGACUUUGAGCUGUCAGGAGUUCAAGGUCUCUCCCAAGGCAUCUGUGGUGGACAUUACCUGGUUCGAGCACAAGUGAUGCCAAACAAGCAAGAAGUUGGGAACUCAUCACACAAGGGUGUUCAUCAGUACAUCAUGGAGAUGGACCGCAGGCCAGGCAUUAUUGUGGCCCCUGUUCUCCCCGGGGCAUACUACCCAAGUGGACACACUCAAGGCCACAGCUACAUGCACCAGACCAGCAUGCACUCCCUUCGAUCAGUAAAGCACAGGGCACACCCCACAAUGAGUGUGUACAGAGCUCUGUAUGACUACACGGCACGGGACACUGAUGAGGUUUCCUUCAGGGAGGGCGACAUCAUCCAGCACGCACAGCCCAUCGACGACGGCUGGAUGUACGGUACCGUGCAGAGGACCAGCCGCUCUGGCAUGUUGCCUGCAAACUAUGUAGAAGGCAUUCGCUAAACUAGAGAGCUGAUCCAUUACACUGGGUAUUUCAUAACAGUCCAACUGUAUGCAGGACCAAAUUGUAAUGUACCGUUACCGUUCUUUGACAGCCUGUGUUAAUUAGGCUUUCGUGAACUUUGCAGACAAUAUUGUAAGUGUAAUGGUUGACAGUUACAUCAUGUCUUUGUUGUAUUUCAAUUGUGUAUGGUCUCUUAUGCUGCACAGAUUUAAGAGAGAAGAGUUUUACAAUCAUAUUCAUGAUGCAGAGAAAUGGACAAAGGGCAAGUUUAAUA